AUGAGGCCGCCUGGACUGGUUGGCACACUCGAAAUGUCGCAAGAAAUGCCCACGUCACGGCGCAUUGAUUAUUCCUCCCGUAACGGCGCCCCAUUGGUCUUGGUCGGUGCCUGUGGAGGGCUCAUCCGGGAUUCAAGGAGCAAGUUUUCGACCCUUGCGGAACGCCAAACUUGGUCUACCAUAUCCCGGGUUAGCACCCUCAUGCAGCUGCACCCAGUCAGAUCAGCGUCUGGCUACGCUCAAGCCACUCUUGUGGAAGACCUGUCUCUCUAUCGGGAUACGUUGCUCCUAAAUCUAUCCUCGAGAACACAUGAUAGCAAUGCCCGGACAUAA